UCGACGCCCUUCGGGAGCAAGGCAAGAGCGAAAGCAGGAGGGAGAGCAACGGACAGAGUCCACACGACGCUGUGUUGCGCGCGUAGGUGGGCAGCCUGAGCAGAAGCCAAGCCACUGCCUGCUUGCUGCUGGCGACUCUUCCUCCUCGUCGUCUUUCUCUCCCUGCCUUUGGAGACGAAGAAAGCAGCCGGGCGCGGGCUCCUGGGCUCAGAAGGGCAGGCGGGGAGGCGAAGGGACCGGAGAGGCUGCGGCGACACCUCCAGGCGGGCUCUUCUGCCUCCGUCCUCCGCGCCCUUCGCCGCUCCUCGGCGGGACGGUGCCUUCCUUCCAGGCCAGGAGCCCAGGUGAGGAGGACGAGGACGAGGAGGAGAGAAAGUGCGGCGGCCAAGGAAGAAGAGUCGGGGCGCAGGGGCUCCAUGGGGCAGGCGGCGCCCCCUUCACCCCCCUUGCCCCCCGGGCCCCGGCAACCGCAGGCAAUGCGGCCGGCCUCGUAAGGAAGGACCAUGGUGCCCGGGCUUCUGCCUCUGCAAUGCUCAACUGAGGGAUUUGGCCUGGAAAAGAUUGUGCUGCUCACCUUUAUUUCUGCAGUUAUUCUUAUGGCUAUCCUGGGGAAUUUGCUGGUGAUGGUGGCUGUGUGCAGGGACAGGCAACUCAGGAAAAUCAAGACCAAUUAUUUCAUAGUAUCACUUGCAUUUGCUGACUUGCUAGUAUCAGUUUUGGUAAUGCCAUUUGGAGCCAUUGAGCUUGUUCAAGAUAACUGGAUUUAUGGAAAGAUGUUCUGUUUGAUUCGCACAUCAUUAGAUGUUCUCCUCACCACAGCAUCAAUUCUCCACCUCUGUUGUAUAUCUCUAGACAGGUACUAUGCUAUCUGCUGCCAGCCUCUGGUUUAUAGGAAUAAGAUGACCCCCCUGCGCAUUGCUCUAAUGCUGGGAGGCUGCUGGGUAAUCCCAAUGUUUAUUUCAUUUCUCCCUAUAAUGCAAGGCUGGAAUAGCAUUGGCAUCGUGGACUUGAUAGAGCAAAGGCAGUUCAACAAUGUGUCAAACUCAACUUACUGCAUAUUUAUGGUCAACAAGCCCUAUGCUAUCACCUGCUCAGUGGUGGCCUUCUACAUUCCAUUUCUGCUAAUGGUGCUAGCUUACUACCGGAUAUAUGUUACAGCCCGGGAGCAUGCUCACCAGAUACGAAUUUUACAGCGUGCAGGGGCGCCAACCGAUGGCAGGCCACACCACCCUGAUCAGCACAGCACACAUCGCAUGAAGACUGAGACUAAGGCAGCCAAGACCCUCUGUAUCAUCAUGGGAUGCUUUUGCUUAUGUUGGGCACCCUUCUUUAUCACAAAUGUAAUAGACCCUUUCAUAGACUAUGCAGUUCCUCCUCAGUUGUGGACUGCCUUUUUGUGGCUUGGAUACAUCAAUUCAGGACUGAAUCCAUUUCUUUAUGCAUUUUUGAACAAGUCUUUCAGACGUGCCUUCCUCAUCAUCCUGUGUUGUGGUGAUGAACGAUACAGAAGGCCUUCCAUUUUAGGACAAACUGUCCCCUGUUCCACCACCACUAUAAAUGGAUCAACUCAUGUGCUAAGUGGCUGUUCUGCUAUCUCCGAGUUCCUCCUGCUGUUCUGCAAUAGGCCUGUUCCUGUCUAACCCUGAACGUAUUCUAUACACAGUCUUGUACAAUGGACAUCAACAAGAACAUGACAAGCUUCCAAUUCAUAAUGAUCCCGAAUCCCAAGAGUCCUGCUUCUGACCAAAGUCCCAGAAUAUGCAUCUAGCAUAUAGACAAACCUCAAGAUAGUUGUGCUCUGUCAGAUCAAUGUUGUCUAUAUUGCCAUAAUCUCUCCUGCAUUGAUUUGUCACCUGGGCCAACAACAAUCCUAUGUCAUCUGACAAAAGCAAAUGGGCCAAGUUGCCAUAGGAGAAAAAACAACGAGAUUUUGAUGUUGCUGCAGAGCAAUGUAUAAACAAGUCCUAGUGCUUUGUGUAUGAUGAACAAACAACAAGCAAGAUAUUUGGUUGUUCUUGUGAUUGCUCCAGUUGAUGUGUUUGUACGCACACAUCUUUUUGUUAUGUGGUGACCAUAUGAAUCUCCCACCAGAUGUUGAAGUCUGACUUGAAGUACAAAUAUCAAGACACAGUUUUGCUUUACCAAAAAUGGAAACUGGGACAUAUUUCUCAAUUGUUUUUAAUAAUGAAUGCUUAUUCAAGAAGUACUUCCUAUCCUCUGUGCAACAGCAAAAGGGAACAGUCAUCUUGUAAAUUGUUUCCUAUGCCUCUCCCCACCCAAUAUAUCUCUUUGCCCAUCUAAGGAGAGCUGAGGCGUGGCCCAUGGAAAAAGGAUUGACCGUAAAAGGAAAGUACUGUAUAUUCCACGCAGCCCUGCAGCGCUAACCAGACUGAUCUUUUAAGAGCAGAGUGGUCAUUGGACAUCAGCUAGUUUUCAUCUGUAAGGUGUUGCUGUCAGUUUCCUCCCGUAUCUUAAUGAGAUUUUUAUAGGAUAAGCAAGGGACAGCUCUGGAGGAAAUGUAGAUCCAGGGACAGAACUAUUGAGAAAAAAGUGCCAUCUUGAUAUGCCUGUACCAGUUUACAUGUGAACAUCUUUUUAUACCUGAGGGAUGCAUCUGAAAAACAGCCCUACUUGGCUUAAGUCAUUUAGUUGCACUCCAUACCUUUAAGCACAACCAGGGACAGGGGCUCAGGGACAGGGUGAGUUGAAUACAAUGCUUAUUUGAGUGCCUUUAGGUUUGUCAGGGUUUACUGGUGGUCAUUCUCCUACCUGGUAACAGGACAAGAGCCCCGUGUUCAGAAGGUAGCAAGCUAUCAGCCAAAGUUAAUCCAAUGAUCCAAGAAGCAAGAGGGAAAGGACUAGAAUCCAGAGCUGGUAGUGAAGGUGACAGCAGGGCAAGCCAUUGGAUUUGCUAACGUAAAGAGUAAGAGGAAGAAUUUUAACAUGGCAAGUGUGUUCUCAGAAGGAGGAACAUGCUACUGAUACUGAAGAGCAUGUCAUUUGGCUUCAAUGUUAUAGAGCCAGGCAGAACUUCCUUUGUUCCUUGAGACACCAAACUACAUCCAGAGUUGGUGCAAUAGCUUGUAAAUCAGAGCUGAGAACUGUAUAGCCACUGCACCUUCCAGCAUUCCUCUCUAUUGGCUGUACUGUCUAGGGCUGGAGAAAGCUGCAUCCUAAGAACAUCUUAAGACUGCCCAGUGCCCAUUGCAUUUUCACAGCCUCAGCAGUACUUCUGGGAACCUGCUGUCCAACUGCCAUGAUGUAGCCCAGGAGAGAAGGAGCUGGGGUCAUACAGCUGGAAAUCUUCUUUGCUGUGCACCAUGAGAAUGGUUUCCUUUCCUAAACCUUUCCCAGCAUCUUUAAAUAUUUCUUCUACAUAACAGGCCCUUUAUAGGAUGUCUUAUCAACUAUGUUCUGCAUGCAGGUGUGACAGCAUUCCCUUUUAGCAGGAAUCCCCACUCCACCCUUUUUUGCAUGUUGCAUCAACAGGCAUGGCUAAAGAGCCAGGGAUGCCUGGAAUCUGGUUUACAUACCACUGGAAAUGUACCAGUCCAGGCAUGGCCCUGUACUUUCCUUGGCUAAAGAUCUCUCCUAAAGAUGGCAACCUCCCUUUGGAAUACGGAUACUUCGUUACACUGUAUAAAUAUGUUCAGAUUUUUUUAUGUAUAAAAGAAAGUCUGAAAUUAUUUAUUAUUUGUUUGUAAAGGGAUUAUUUGUUUCCCGUUAAAGACUUCUGAGUAUUGAAGCUAAAAAGUAUCUUUUGUUUUUGUUUUCAUUUUACUUCCUUAUCGUUCUAUUGUCACAUGACAGCAAUUCACUAUAUAAAGAGGAAGAAAAAAAGAUCAAAUGCAAUUCAGUGGCAUUUUAUUCUUGUUUCUCCUGAUAUAAGGACUCAAGGCAGCUAACAUGGCAUGAUACAAAUUAAAAACAAAGCAAAUACAUAGAAAACAAAACAAUAAAAUCUUCAGUAUUGUGAAGCAUAAAAACAAUUUAAAAUGAUGCAAGUACAUUUAAAACUAUAUUUAAAAACUACACAGUCCCCCCACCCCACCAAGAUCCCAUUCACACCAUCUUCAGCAGCCUGGUCCUCCUCAUUCCCUAAAUGCCUGAUGGCAAAAGUACAUUUCCACCUGUCUGUGAAAGGCAAGCAGGCAUGGGGUCAUCCUGGUCUCUCUGGGGAGGGAAUGUCAGAUUCAGGGAGCAGCCACUGAAAAAGCCCUCUCCAUUGUUCCCACCAAAUGAGCUUGAGAGAGGGCUGGGAUAGAGAGAUGGGCCUCUAAAGAUGAUCUUAGAGUUCUGACAGAUCCAUACAGAGAAACACAGUUCUUUAAAUAACCUAUACCCAAGUUAUAUGGAACAUUACAGGUCAAAACCAGCAAUUGGAAUUGUGCCCAAAAAUGGAUUGGCAGCCAAUGCAGUUGCUGCAACAGAGGAGUUGUAUGUUCCCUGUAGCCAAUCCCAGUUAAUAACCUGACUGCCACUCUUUGGUAACCCAUUUUUUCAUAUGAUCCACCGUUUGUUAAAGAGUGCUCGUGUCUCCCCAAACUACAAAUCCCAGGAAUCAAUGGCAUUGAGGCAUGACAGUUGAAGUGCUAUUGAAAUCAAACUGCAUUAGUUCUACAAAGCUAAUAAAUGCACUUCAUUCUGCAAAUGGGAAACUGAAGAAGUGCUCGUGAUAAGAGGCUAUAAAUUUCAAUUAGAACUUGACUAAACCUGCCUGGAAGAUGUUUAUACAUUUUAAUUCUUUGUUUUAAUUUACAUGUUUAUUUGAUUAUAUGUUUGUUUUACAUGGCAUUGAAUUAUUGCCCAUUGUAAGGCUGCUCUGAGUCCCCUUUGAGGUGAGAAGGUUGGGGUAUAAAUACAGCAAAUAAAUAAAUAAGUGAUGUACAACAAUAAGUAGACAAGACAAUAAGUAGGCACCUCCCCAAUGUCAGUGCUGUAAACAGGCAAAGGCAAGGUGGCAUUAUUUAUAGGGAUAUUUGGUAUCUAUAUUAGAGUACAGAUGAGCCAGUGCAAUAUGAGCUUGUUUGUGUAGAAACUACUCAGUAUGCACUUGUAAGAUCACAAAAAAGGAGGAACAGACUAAUUGUUUCAGAAAAUCCAUCUUGGCCUAUGAAAAGAGAAAGGCAAUGAAGCCAAGCUGAUUGAAAUGAAAUACAUUGAUGUAGGUCACCAGUACAAUACAUGAUUUGAUUUAUGAACUAGCUGUAAGUUAUUUUUAAUGCUAUAAAGGCUAUUCAUAAAACAAGAAUAUCGAGACACAUUUUAGGUAGAUACUGUAUAACACGUAUACAACUGAUCUUGAAAAUCAUCUAGCAUAUACUGAAUAUACUUAAAAUACGGUGCUUGUCAAGAAUGUGGAGAAAUGACUUAAGACUGUCAACUUGGCUUAAUGUUUUGAUGGAGUUUUAGUUCUGCCCCCUUCCCUUUCAGGAACUGAUUGUUUCCAGGUAGAGUUUGGAAAAACAAUGUGUUAUCUUAAACAACUCUGACUUUGUUCAGUUUAGUUUAGUAUCUGUUUAGUUUCUAAGCUAUAAACCAGGAGAAUGUCAGAAAGAGUGAUGGAGCAGAAGACCCAACCUUGUCCUUGCUGUUUUUCCUCAGUUUGAGCUGCAGGAAGAAAUGAGGAACUUGGGGAGAGAAGAAAAUGUGUUGCUCUGGAAGACACUACAGACAAAAAAAAUAUACAGUUGCAAUUAUACUGCAUGCAUAUGGUUUCCCAACCCUCACUUUAGCUUUUCAGGAGGGUUACAUAUGCCUUACUUUAGAUCAGGGGUCCCUAAAGUUUUGAAACGGGACCAGUUCACUGUCCCUCAGAUUGUUGGAGGGCCGGACUAUAGUUUAAAAAAACAAACAAAAAACUAUGAACAAAUUCCUAUGCACACUGCACAUAUCUUAUUUUAAAGUUAAAAAAAGGGAACAAAUACAGCAUCAAUGUUAAUCAUCGUUGUCGUCAUCAUCAUCAAAAUAAUAAAGAGGGUUGGAAGAGACCCCUUGGGCCAUCUAGUCCAACCCCCUUCUACCGUUGUGCACCAAAAGAUAAUCAAAGCACCCUGACAAAUGGCCACCCAGCCUCGAUGUUAAUCAUCAUCAUCAAAAUAAUAAAGAGGGUUGGAAGAGACACCUUGGGCCAUCUAGUUCAACCCCCUUCUGCCAUUGCACACCAAAAGAUAAUCAAAGCACCCUGACAAAUGGCCACCCAGCCUCGAUGUUAAUCAUCAUUAUCAUCAUCAUCAUCAUCAUCA